GUCCGAUUUACAUAUAUAAGGAAACUCUGACCUGCCGAAACUAAACUACUGCAACAAUGGUGACAUUGGCAUCCAGACGCUUCGCUGUCGCGAUAUUCGCUAUCGCAGCCGGGCUGGUUCUCCAGGUUCAUGCUGAGAAGCAAUGGUGGCAAACAACGACUGUCUAUCAGAUUUGGCCGCGAUCCUUUAAGGACAGCGAUGGAGACGGAAUUGGCGAUUUGAAUGGUAUCACAAGCAAACUGGAACAUCUAAACGACAUGGGAGUAGAGACAAUAUGGAUAUCGCCAAUUUUCAAAAGUCCACAAGUCGACACUGGCUACGACGUCUCCGACUACUUAGACAUAGACCCAAUGUAUGGGACUUUGGAGGACUUUGACAAUCUAGUAGCUCGCGCCAAGGAACUUGGAAUCAAAGUGAUUCUGGACUACGUUCCUAACCAUACCAGUUCGGAACACGAGUGGUUUAAGUUAUCCGAAAACAGUGUCGACCCCUAUACUGAUUAUUACGUGUGGCACGAGGGAGUUCUGGAUGCAAACGGUACCAGAAGACCACCAAACAAUUGGUUGAGCGUCUUCAACAGCGGAAGUGCUUGGGAAUGGAGCGACAAGCGACAGGCUUAUUAUCUUCAUCAAUUUGCAGUAAGCCAGGUAGAUUUCGACCUCAGGAAUGAAUUAGUCAUUGAGGAAACGAAGAAAAUAAUUUCGUACUGGCUGGAUCGCGGUGUUGCUGGUUUACGUAUAGAUGCACUGCCACAUAUCUAUGAGGAUGCUGAAUUAAGAGACGAACCGAUAUCAGGACUACCCGUACCUCCUACUGACUACGGAUACCUAGAUCAUAUCUAUACCAAGCAUUUGAUUGAGAAUUAUGAACUUGUUCGGAUAUGGAGAGAUCACUUUGAUGAAUAUAAUUCAAAGACCACUGAUGGUCUAGAGCGCGUCAUGUUUACUGAGGGAUACGGCACUACAGCUCAGACGACUUUAUACUAUGAUUACGGUGCUCACAUCCCGUUCAAUUUUCUCUUUAUUUCGAACUCCACUGUUUCCUACAAUGCUGAAACUCAGUCACCUGCAGAAAUCAAGCAUAAUAUUGAGCAAUGGCUUCAGAGCAUGCCUGAAGGCGCAACACCCAACUGGGUCAUUGGAAACCAUGACAAUAUGCGCAUGGCCACGCGUUUCGGCUCCGAGAAGGUGGACACUUUCAACUUCAUUUUACUUUUGUUACCUGGCGUCAUGACGGUUUACAAUGGUGACGAGAUCGGCAUGACGGAUACGUAUCUAACUUGGGAGCAAACAGCAGAUCCUCAGGCCUGCAACACUGAUCCUGGGCGUUAUCAAGGAUAUACUAGGGAUCCUCAGCGCACGCCUUUCCAAUGGGAUAAUUCUACGUCAGCAGGAUUCUCUACGAACACCAGGGUGUACUUGAAAGUGAACGAGAAUUAUCGUACACUGAAUUUGGCGGCGCAAAAGGCGGCUGAUAAGAGUUACUAUAAGAACUUCCAGGCAGCCUCGAGGCUCAGGAACACGACGGUGGGCAGAGAUGGAGACCUGAAGACAGUUGUUAUUGGCGAGGAUGUCUUCGCCAUGUCCAGAGAAUUGGAUGGUCACGACCCCCUACUCGUUGUUAUUAACUGGUCGAAGUCUCCGGUAACAGUCAGUCUUGAUGAGUUCAGUAACUUCAGUGAGAAGCUGCAAGUGCUUGCGUCGGAUGUUAAUAAUGAUCUCAAAGUUGGAGACACUGUAUCCAGGGACAGCGUUACCCUGCAGGGUAAUGCAGCUUUGAUAUUAACAUCAUCUGACAUCACUUGCUCCGACUACUCGGACGUCUCAGAAGUUGCCUGUCUAAUACCAUCCUUAAAAUCCUUCUUCAACGUGUAAAUCAAGUUGAAAUUUUAUAUGGAAAUUUAAUAAACGUUCUUCAACAAUGUGUUCAAAAAUUGUA